UCAUAUUUGAGCCCUAUAUAGAAAUGGAAAGAAGCCGAAUUUAAAAGUGAUAAUGAAGAAAUCUUCAAAUAAUUCAUUCAGAUUUAUGAUGUCGUUUGUUGAUGGAAGUUUAGUAAAAAGUGAACACAGAUUUCGGGAUGGACAGCACACUUUCUUACUUCGCUCAGUAUCUGUGCAACUUGGAGAAAUUUGAUGAAUUCAAAAAUUGGAUUGAUAACUUGACCAAGUCUAGGCCGUUAUUAUUUGAAGAGUUAAAAGAGGACGAAGAUUUCGUAUUUUCUAUUGUUAGUUUACGAAUUCACGAAGAGAAAUUCUACGAAGCUUUUGAACUAAUUGAGAAUGGAACAUUUACAAACCCAGAAAGGUUUAUUUCACUUUGGGAUAAAGCUCACUAUAAAUUAAAAGAAAAAGAAAAGGGUUUUCCGUUAACCCCACUUCUGCGUUUCAGGGUCAGAAAAAAGUAUCCACCGCCUAAAAGUAUUUGUCCAAGUGGCAAGAGGCCUUCAAGUAACUUACCUGAACAUGCUCGUCAGACAUUAAAACAGUGGUUUAAUAAACAUGCUGAUUAUCCUUAUCCAGACGAACAUGAAAAAAAGCAAUUGGUGGAACAGAGCGGUUUGAUAUUAUCUCAAGUGAAGACUUGGUUUGCCAAUACCAGACGCAGAAAAAAGCUAACAGCACCAAAAUCAAAUUUAAAAUAUGGAAAGAUUAUGAAACAUUACCAUCAGUAUAAUUGCUCCUCGCAAUCAUUAACUGAUGGCGUUGAUUAUGCUUUGGAUAUGUCUAUGAAGAAAGUUGGGCUGUAUCCUGAUGAAGAGAAUUUUGGUCAGACAAAGAUGGAUAAUAAAAAACUACAGGACCAGUGUUUCUUUAAAGUUCAAGAAUCUGGAAAUAUUUGUAAAGAAGAUGAUAUUAUUUCAAAAGAGAUAGAACAAAAUAAAGAACAAGGUUACUACUUGGAAAAUAAAGAAAUGGAAAUCAAGUCAGACACAAAGGAUUCUCAUGAAACAAGGCAAUUAAAUUCGGUAUUAUUUGAAAAUGCUUAUCCCGUUUUACGAACCCAAAACUUUAUCAUCCCAAAAGAAAACAAUUAUUGUGACUUUGUUUCUGAGCAGAACGUAGAUGCUGUCGGUAAUGUUUGUAAUACGUAUACCUUACCAAUAGAUGGUGAAUAUCCCGAUGAUUCGAAUGUCCUUCAGGAUUGUGUAGAAAUCAAAAGUGUUGAAAAUGAUUUAUUUCCAAAUGAAAGCAGUGAAGCUGUUACCUUUCUUCCAAAUGAGACAGUUUUGAUGCCAAAUAUUAACCCAGCUCUGCCAGUCACUCUGUGGCAAUUGCCACUUCUGCCCACAGAUUGCCUGAUAUCUUUUACCAACCAGAAUAUCACCACAAACUCAAACGGGCAGACACCUGACAAUUGUAAAUAUAUUUCUGACCUUAACAAUACUUCAUUUAUUCACUGUGACCAAACCUCUCAAUAUGCUGAUAAUAAGCAGUUUGUUCCUGAUACACCCAGAGAAAACAGCCAACCGACAGAAUAUGAUGCUUCAAAUAAUGCAAGGAACAUGAUGUCAUAUGAAAUGUUGAAUAAUUCACAUCAAGGUAAUGAAGAUCCAAAUAUACAUAAUAUAAAAUUAUCAACAAGCAUACCAGACAGAACCAACAUCAACAACAAUACCACCACUAUUAUAGAGUAUAAUUUUAGUAUACCUCAACCAUUAAUGGAGAGAAAAGAGUCUCAGACAUGUGUGCCACCAAAACAAAUUGAAGAAGAAAUUGCUGAAGUUUUAUUAAAUCUCUCCACCAACUUGUUGGAAAAUUCAAAUUUCAAUGUCAAAAUUUAA